AUGAUUCAAGAAAAAGAAAAAGGUUUCCCUCCAGAUCGGCAAAGACUAAUUUUUGCUGUAAGACAAAUAGAAGAAGGAAAUACAUUAAAUGAUUAUAAUGUUAAAUAUGGAGACAUACUUUAUCUUCUUUAUAGAUUACGCGGUGGAAAACCAGUGAUCCAUUUGUAUCCAAAGGAAGAAAUCGAUACAAAGGUAAGUAUCAAAAUCAAUGAUGGUGAUUUUUCUUUUGUAUAUCCUUCAUUCGACGAAGAUAACACGUGGAAUGUGAAAGCACUCCCAUCAGGCGAGAUCGUCCACAAAGGGAAGAAGAUGAGAUAUCUCUUCUGGGAAACACUCUUCUAUCCUAUUCUCAACAUGGACAAAGGAUUCAUCAUCAAAGGCGAAGAUAGUGUCUCUUUCUUCGAGGAUAAGCUGAAGUCCAUGAACCUCAACGACUCAGAGAUAUGUGAUUUUGUCACAUACUGGUGUCCGAAGCUUUGUGGAUACAAAUAUGUCAAAGUAUGCUUCCAGUUCGAAAACUUCGACAACAUGUGUCCAAUGAAUGUCGAACCGAAACCAGACAACAUCAACAGAGUCUUCUUCGCAGCUCUCCCUCUAGACUACUCAUGUGAAAUUGAACCACAAAAACUUCCAACAUUCAAUCGUGAUGGUUUCACAGUCAUUGAAUGGGGUGGAACUAUUGUUACAUCUGAAGAACUCUAA